CGCAAGGGGAGGCAGCAGCAGCUCUGCAAAAAGACGCUGCAGUAAUUGUUAGUGUGGAUGCUGUCCCGAUGCCGAGAAGUUGAUAACGUCCUGACUACAACAUUUUAACCAUACUAAGGAAACGGUCGCGGAAAAAGUUAUUUUGAAUUGCCUAUCCCUCGCCACCUGACAAGGAAUAGGGUACAGAAUAAAUCACAAGAGGUUGUUGGAGUGAAAACGCAUUCACCAUCCUAAAGGAUCGUUUAGAAAGGAUACCGCUUUGUCUUUUGGAAAUGGAUUUAAUUUAGGAGUUUUUUGACUUUAGUUUAGAUUUUUACUCUGCCUUUUUCACUCCACAAGGGAUUUGUUUAAAGAAGCUACCGUUAUUGUUGGGAUAUUUGCUAACGGACGUGCGUGCGCUCAGUGGCAGAAAAGGAGCAGAUGAAUGUUUAGGAAGAAGCCUUCAGAAUGAAGACCGAGGCCAAGGGUUUGGGGCGGUCGGUGUCGAGGUCGCUGCAGAAUGAGGGCCGGUGGAGCCGAGGGGUCCUGCUGCUGGUCUACAUCGUCCUGGAGCUGAUCACCGUCCACUCCUCCACCGUCCUGGGGAACCUGGAGCUCCAGCUGGACGAGGAACAGCCAGCCGGGACCAUCGUAGGGGACAUCAGCGCUGGGUUACCGCCUGGUGUCACCGCAAAUCUUUACUUCAUUUCAGACCACGAGGGCACCGGGGUGGGGAGUGACCUGGACAUAGACGAGAGCACAGGCAUCAUCAAGACAGCCAAGGUGUUGGACCAUGAGCUGAGGGACCGAUACAACUUCAUUGCAGUGACUAUGACGGGUGUGACCGUUGAAGUGACCAUCACAGUGAAUGACAUCAAUGACCAUGCUCCUACAUUCCCCCGGAGGAGAGCGGCGUUCAAAAUCCCGGAGAUGACAGCGGUGGGAACCAGGUUCCCCCUAGAGCCGGCAGUGGACGGGGACAAAGGCCAACUGACUACGCAGGGAUACCUCAUCAAUGAUGGGAACCCCGGCCAGGCUUUCCUCCUGGAGACCCGGAGAGGAUCCAACCAGGUUCUCUAUCUGGACCUGGUGGUCAACACUCUUCUGGACAGCGAGACCAGACCGUCUUAUACGCUAUCCUUGGAGGCGUUCGAUGGAGGCUCCCCUAAGAGGACUGGUCAGAUGGUGCUAGAUGUGACGGUUCAGGAUAUCAACGACAAUGCUCCAGUCUUCAACCAGAGUCGCUACCACGCCAUUAUCUCAGAGAAUCUGCAGCCGGGUAGCAACAUCCUCCAAGUCUUUGCCUCUGACGUCGACCAGGGAGACAACGGUCUGGUUCUGUACGAGAUCAACCGCAGGCAGAGCGACCCGGAGAGCUACUUCGUCAUCGACUCUCGUACGGGUGUCAUCACGCUCAACAAGCCUCUGGACUUUGAGAUGCGGAGGGUCCACGAGCUUGUGGUCCAGGCGAGGGAUAACGCCACGCAGCCCGAGGUUACCAAUGCCUUCGUCACAAUCCACGUACGUGACUACAAUGACAACCAGCCCACCAUGACCAUCAUCUUCCUCAGCGAAGACGGCUCCCCACAGAUCUCCGAGGGUGCCCAGCCUGGCCAGUAUGUCGCCCGCAUCUCCGUCACCGACCCAGACUACGGAGAAUACGCCAAUGUCAACGUCUCCUUGGAAGGAGGGGACGGGAAGUUUGCCCUGACCACCAAGGACAACAUCAUCUACCUGAUGUGUGUGGACCAGAUCCUAGACCGAGAGGAGAGGGACACAUACGAACUCAGGGUGAUGGCUACAGACGCAGGCACCCCUCCUCUCAGGGCUGAGUCCUCCUUUACGAUACAAGUCACUGACGUCAAUGACAACCCUCCUCUGUUUGAUCAGCAGCAGUACAGACAGGUCAUACCUGAGGUGGUGUUCCCAGGGAGCUUCGUGUUGCAGGUCACGGCUAGAGACAAAGACCAGGGGCCCAAUGGAGACAUCACAUACAGCCUCCUCCAGGAUGGCAAGGCCGGCCAGGAUGAGAACCAGGCCCAGUGGUUCACCAUAGACCCAGUAACAGGGAUCAUCACCACACUCUCCCAGCUGGAUUACGAGUCGCAGCCCAGGCCGAAUGUGACAGUGGUGGCUACAGACAGAGGGAGGCCUUCCCUGUCCUCCACAGCUCUGGUCCAUGUGGUGCUGCAGGAUAUUAACGACAACGAACCUGUGUUCGGUACCAACUUCUACAACGUAUCGAUCAAGGAGAACACGGCCGCUGGGACCUGCAUCCUAGAGGUGACAGCGACAGAUGCGGACGGUGGCUCCUUCGGCUCCAUCAGCUACUCUCUGGGGUCAGGAAUCAACAGUGCUGUCCCCUCCCAGUUCUCUGUAGGGAAGGAGACAGGACAGAUCUGUACCAACGUGGCUCUGGACAGGGAUCAGGGACAAACCAGCUAUGACUUUACCGUCACCGCCGUGGACGGGGGCGGUCUGAACUCUGUGGCCUACGUCAGGGUGGACCUGCUGGACAUCAAUGACAACAGACCAGUCUUCUACCCUGUGAGCUACGCCGUCAGCCUUAGCUCCCAGAGUGCACCUGGCACUUCUGUUGUCAAGGUUACGGCCCUUGACCCCGACACUGGGGAGAACGGGAGGGUCACGUACCGAACCGUCCCCAGGGGCGACUCCCCCUUCUUCACCCUCAACAAAGACACAGGUGUGAUCUCCCUGUCCCGGUCGCUGCACGGCAAGGCCAACACGGUGAUUCCCAUGGUGGUUUCAGCCCAGGACGGAGGGGGUUUGGCAGCACUGGUCAACGCCCGGGUCAACAUCAGUGUGGUGGCAGGCCUGGUGGCGCCCCCUGUGUUCGAACACAGCCAGUACAGCUUCACUGUAUCUGAAAACGUACUGCGAGGGACUGAGGUUGGCAUCGUACAGGCCAUCAGUAAGAACGGCGGCCCCAGUAAGGACAUCCUGUACACCAUCUCCUCUGGAGACCCUGCUGGCUACUUCACUGUGGACCCAGAGAGUGGUGCCCUGCGGACCAGCCUUCCUCUGGACCACGAGGCCCAGCCUUCUCUAACCCUGGAGCUCCAGGCUCGUAGCGGCAGCCCCCCUGCCUUCGGUCAGACCCACGUCCACAUCACCAUCCAGGACAUCAACGACAACGCUCCUGUCUUCAUGCCCUCCUCUUCUGAGUCUCUCCUCCUCCCGGAGCACACAGAGAUAGGGACAGUGGUCUACAGAGUCCAGGCCAAAGACCGGGACUCUGGCCUCAACGGCCAGAUGACCUUUGAUCUUUCUUCCACCGCGACCUCAAUCGGAGGUCAAAGAACCUUUUCCAUGGAGCGCAGCACAGGGGAGAUCCGGCUGGUUGGCGGGCUGUCAUACGACGUAACGCCGCGUUACGACCUGACGGUGACAGCUAAAGAUGGCGGCGCGCCGCAGCUAAGCUCUACCAUGAUGCUGGUGGUGCACGUCCAGGCAGAGAACGACCACGGUCCAGUGUUCGACACCCUGACCUACCGCGUGGAGCUGAGGGAGAACACGCCGCUCAGCACACGCUUCCUACAGGUGCGAGCUCUGAGCCUGGACACCACGGGUUCAGGCUCCUCCUCUCCACUGGCGUACUACCUGAGACCUGACGGAGACGCAGCAGGGUUUGGCAUUGCAGCAGACAGCGGCUGGCUGUUUGUGAAGAGCGCCCUGGACAGAGAGGUGAAGGACAUGUACAUGUUGAUGGUUCUGGCCACGUCGGGCCACGGGCAGCUGAAGAAGACGGGCAGUGCCACGGUGAGGGUGUCGGUGACCGAUGAGAACGACAACUCACCUCGUUUGACACAGGAGAGGGCUUUCCUGGCCGUGAGAGAGAACCUUCCGGCGGGUUCAGGGUUCGGACGGGUUUCGGCUAUGGAUCGCGACUCAGGGCUCAACGGCAGGCUCAGUUACAGACUCCUACACCCAGACAGAAGCUUCCAGAUCAACUCACACACAGGUGAGAUCAGUACCCGUGUAGGUCUGGACAGGGAGCAGCAGAGUAGUUACCAGGUGUUGUUGGUGGUCCAGGAUGGAGGUACUCCCCCGCGCAGCGCUACAGGGACAGCCUUCAUCACCGUCCUGGAUGAGAACGACAACACUCCCUCCUUCAGACACAGCCAGCCUGGCAGAGGACUGACCAUGCAGGUGAUGGAGGGCCAGGCAUCAGGUCUACUGCUGGGGAAAGUACAGGCCAAGGACCCUGAUGAGGGAGAGAACGGCACUGUGUACUACUCCAUGUCAGGUCCCAGAGCAGAGCGUUUCUCUCUGAACCCGACUACUGGUGAACUGCGUUCCUCCUCUCCUCUGAGUCACUCUGACAGAGCUGAGUACAGCUUCACUGUGUCCGCCACUGACCGAGGCCAGCCAUCUCACAGCGCUACCUGUACACUACACAUACAGGUCCUGAGUGCGAGCAGAGCUCCUUCCAAAGCCAACUCCCUCUCCAUAUACUUAAACUCCGUCGAGGAGGCCAAACCGGGCUCUGUGAUUGGCUCUGUGAAGUCACAUGACAGCUUAGAGCUCCCUGAGGCUGGUCAGGUGACCUAUACGGUGGUGGGCGGGUCAGACCGAGACGGAACGUUCAUGGUGGACCGUCAGACAGGUGACGUGUACCUGGCAAGGGAGCUGGACUACGAGCGAUCUGCCCGCUACACACUACAGAUAGAGGUGGACGACUUCUCCAUGACAUUACCCAGCAGCCACCUGGUGCAGCUGGACAUCGAGGUGAAGGACAGUAACGACCACGCACCCUACUUCCCGGAGGACCCCGUUACCAUGGUGAUACCUGAGAACAUGGAGCCUGGGGCAUCCAUCUACACCUUCCAGGCCUCGGACCAGGAUGGAUCAGGACCCAACAGCCUGCUGACCUACUCCAUCCUGCACCAGUACCCUGACCUCCCUGACAUCCUGACCCUUCACCCUUCCACUGGCGUCCUGACCCUGGCGCAGGAACUGGACCAUGAGGUUACUUCCUCCCUCAUCCUGGUCGUACAGGCGACAGACUCCGCCCUGAACGGCAGCCAGCGGCGCUGGGGCUCCGUGACAGCGAGGGUGUUUGUGACAGACGAGAACGACAACGCUCCAGUGUUUAGCUCGCCUUCCGCGGUCAGUGUCAUGGAGGACCAGCCUGUGGGCUUCGUGGUUCUCUACGUUGUGGCGCGAGAUGCCGACCAGGGGGAGAAUAGACGGGUCAGCUACUUCAUCGAGACUGGCAAUGCUGGAGGGACGUUCAGCCUCAACCCUAAUACUGGUUCUCUGUCUAUCCUGAAGCCCAUCGACCGGGAGGAGCAGGUCCUGUUCAACCUGACCAUCGUAGCCCAGGACUACGGGGUACCAGCGCUCUCAUCCAGCCAGCUGCUGUCUGUCCAGGUCAUCGACGUGAACGACCAGGUUCCCUGGUUCCAGGAGAACCAGUACCAAGCCCAGAUUACAGAGAACCAGCCUGCAGGAACCACUGUUCUGGUGGUGUCGGCCUCCGACCUUGACCAAGGUACCAAUGGCCAGGUGACAUAUGGAGGCAUCUCUGAUGAGGGUUUCAGCAUUCACCCAGCUACAGGUGUUAUAACCACCACUAAAGCCCUGGACAGAGAGGCACAGGAACAAUACACACUGACAGUGUAUGCCCGAGACGGUGGCAUGCCUCCUAACUUUGCCCGGGCGUCAGUGAGGAUCCAGAUGUUGGAUGAGAAUGACAACGCCCCAACGUUCAGUAGACUGUACUACAGUCUGGAGGUGCCUGAGAACAUGGAGGCUGUUGAGCUGUUCACCCUCAGAGCUACGGACCUGGACACUGGAGACAGCGGAGAGAUGACCUACAAGAUCACAGCAGGCGACCUAUCAGGUGACUUCCGUGUGGACAGGAAGUCAGGGGUUCUCUCCACCUCCAGACCGCUGGACAGGGAACGUAGGGCCAGGUACAGUCUGACAGUGACAGCCCUUGACGGGGGCUCUCCGGCCCUGAGCAGCACGGCCACAGUAGAGGUCACUCUCCUGGACGUCAACGACCACAGCCCCCAGUUCACCAGCCCCAGCUACACCGCUGACCUCUCUGAGGAUGCUCCUAUUGGCUCCCUGGUGCUGGAGGUCUCUGCUACUGACCUGGACCAAGGGUCUAACAGCCAGGUGCUGUACUUCCUGUCGCGCGGUUCCCAGGGCAUGUUCAUCAUUGACCAGCACACGGGACAUGUCAUCACCGCCGCGCCGCUCGACCGGGAACGAACCGCGUCGUACACUUUCGAUGUCUGUGCCACAGACUCGUCCCCCGCCAGCCCACGCAACUCCACCGCCACGGUCAAUGUGUAUGUACAGGACGUGAACGACAACGCUCCAUUCUUCAUCCAGGACCCCCUCGUCAUCAACAUCUCAGCCUCCAGUGUCUCCUCCCACCGCAUCCUGGCCACCAUGCGGGCGGAGGACCGUGACUUUGGAGCCAACGGCUCAGUGUUCUACCGCUUCGCAAGCCCUGUCCGGGGCUUCACCAUUAACUCUCUGACCGGGGACAUACAGGCUACAGAGAAGCUGCAGGGACUGACCCAGGGCCAGAGGACUCUGAUUGUAGAGGCUAUGGACCAGGGCAGCCCAGCCCAGUCCUCUCUAGGGGUGGUGGUCAUCUACAUCAGAGAACAGACCUACAGGGGGAUCCGCUUCUCACGCCACGCUAGAGAUGUCAGUCUGCAGGAGAACGCUGCCAAAGGUACCGCCGUGGUGCAGACUCAGGCCCAGUACCCUGAUGGAUCCCGUAGUGGGAUCAGUUACAGCAUCUUCAGUGGCAACACCCUACUCUCCUUUGGAAUCAGCUCCUCCACUGGUGAGAUCUGGGUACAGAGCUCCAUGGGGCUGGAUUAUGAGGAGUCCCCUAGACUCCGCCUAGUGGUGAAGGCUGAAACUGCAUCCUCCAGUUCCUUCAUGGCGGUCAACCUGAUCCUUCAGGACGUCAAUGACAACCUGCCGCGCUUCCAGCUGCAGAACUAUGUAGCCUACAUACGAGAGGCACAGGGAUAUCAUUUUCCUAUCAUACAGGUGGUGGCUGAUGACCUAGACCAGGGCCAGAAUGGUCAGGUGACCUACAGCCUGAGGUCGUCGUCUCUCAGUGGCCUGUUCAAGAUCGACUCGCUGACCGGAAGCAUCACCACCGCCGCUAUCAUGGACCGAGAGAUCUGGACACAAACCAAGCUGGUUGUUACGGCGACGGACCGGGGCACACCACGAUUGGCCGGGUCGGCGACCCUCACUGUGAUCAUCGUGGACCUCAACGACAACAGUCCUACAAUCCCUCUGCCGCGUGAGAUCAGAGUACCAGAGAACACUCUGGUUGGCUCGGUAAUAACCCAGGUGACAGGAAAUGACGUGGACUCAGGCCCCGCCCUGUCCUACACCCUCCACCUGGACCCGUCUUCCCAGGGCGUAUUUGGGAUCCACCGCUACGGGGGCGGGGUGUCUCUGACCGCCCCUCUGGACUACGAGGAGAAGACCUGGUACACGCUGACUGUCAGGGCUACUGACUCCAAACACCAGACUGAAGCUAACCUCACCAUACUGGUGGAGGAUGUCAAUGAUAACGCUCCUACGUUCACACAGGAUCUUUACCAGAUGACUCUGGCAGAGCACUCCCCAGCUGGCAGUGCAGUUGUCACUGUGACAGCCACGGACCGCGACUCUGGGGAGAACGGCCGCGUCACCUACAGAGUGAUGUCAUCAACCCGGGACAUCUUCUACAUCGACCCCAGCAAUGGUACCCUGUUCAUCACCCAGCAGGCAGAGUUUGACUCUGAAAACCCUUCUAUCCUGGUGGUAAUAGAGUCCAGAGACAUGGGAACACCAGCCCUCUCCUCCAUCGCUACUGUACAGGUCCAGGUGACUGACGUCAAUGACAACGCGCCCGUCUUCCACCAAUCAGAGUACAGAGCCACGGUGUCGGAGGACGGCCUUCCGGGCGCCACCAUCCUGACCCUAGAGGCGACCGACGGCGACGCAUCACGCGACAACUGCGGCUUCGACUUCACCAUAGCCAGCGGAAACGCAGGCAGUGCCUUCCAGAUCGAGAGCAGCGUACGCUUCCUGGAAGGACGAGGCUUCCAGACGGUAGGCAGCCUGGUAUUGACCGGUGAGGGGCUGGACUUUGAGGCGGUGUCCAGUUACAACCUGACCGUGGUCGUGUCGGACCGUGGCGUGCCCCAGAGGAGCUCGGCUGUCUCUGCGCUGAUCAGUGUGACGGAUACUAACGACAACCCUCCGGCGUUCAGCAGGGCAGAGUUCAGUGUGGUGCUGAGUGAAGGAACAGCCGCAGGGACUGAAGUCCUCAGCCUGUCUGCAACAGACCCAGACUCCUCGGCAGUAGGGAAGGUGCAGUACCUGAUCAGCUCUGGGGAUGAGACGGGUAUGUUCCAGGUAGACCGCUGGACCGGAGCCUUGAGGCUGCAGAGACCACUGGAAAAUGAGAGACAGGCAUCCCAUGUGAUCAUUGUGCAGGCGUCAGAUGGACAGGGUCACUAUGCGCUGGCUCCAGUCACUGUGGAGGUGAAGGACAUUAAUGACAACAGACCUUACUUCCCCCUGCCUGUCCUCACCACCAGCAUCAGAGAGAACCAGCCUCACAACACCCUUGUCACCAUGCUGCACGCCAUCGACCAGGACACGGGAGUCUUCGGACAGCUGAGAUACUACAUGUUGGACAAGACUGGAGAGGGGAAAGACGCCUUCCUGGUCAACCAGACGUCAGGCGAGGUCCGGACUCGCUUCACCUUCGACUUUGAGAAAGUCAACUUGUUCAACUUUGUAGCUCUGGCCAUGGACGCAGGGAACUUCUCUGCCACGGUGACCGUCCAGGUGUACGUGACAGGGGAGGAUGAGUACGACCCUGUGUUCUCCGACCCAGAGUUCUCCUUCUUAGUUCCUGAGGGGUCGAAGAAGGGCCAGAGCAUUGGUCAGGUGACAGCCAGAGACGAGGACGAGGGAGUAGACGGGAUUGUUCUGUACUCCCUAGCUGACCCCUCGCCCUACUUCCAGGUCAAUGCAUCGACGGGCGGGGUUUUCCUGAAGAUGGACAGCCACGUCCAUCAUCUGAGCAGGUCCAAGAGGGAGGUCCGUGUGAUGAACCUUGACCUGAAGGCCCACAGCCCUCUGGAGACAUCCCGUGUGGCCACCGCUCGCCUCACCGUUGACGUAACACACACCUCCUUUGGCGUGGCAUCGGACAUGAACCUGCUGCUGGUCAGUGUGAUCGCUGUGUCCCUGGGAGCCAUCCUCAUCCUCAUCUUCAUCGCUAUGGCUCUGUUCUGUGUGAGACUGAGACGUCAGAGGAAGGAGCAGCAGAGUCGCUGCAGACCUCCAGCCUCUCCCGGCCACGGCACGAUGCUGCACAAACUAGAGGAGACUAAAGUCACUAGCACCGACCGGAGCGACCGCAUCUACCACCAGGCCUUACCAGGGUACACUUCUGACCAAACUGGGAGUGGUGUGGUAGGGCCAUACCCCCGCGGGGGCUCCCUGGACCCAUCCCACUCCAGCGGGCGUGGCUCGGCAGAGGCGGCAGAAGACGAUGAAAUCCGGAUGAUCAACGAGUACCCCCGUGUCUCCUCCAUCUCUUCGUCCAUGCAGGAACACAUCUCAGCCCGCGGGCCAGACUCUGGCAUCCAGCAGGACGCUGACCAGCUGUCUGACGUCUCCUGUGAGCCCAACAUGGACGCCAACCAGUGGUUCAAGGCCAAGAAGCUGGCCAGUCUCAGUGGGACUCUGCUGGCUGGCCAGGUGCCUGUCUACAGGGAGGAUGUAGGAGGUUAUCUGGGGGUAGGGAGGGGGCUGAACAUCUCCCACCCUAAAGACUAUGCCUUCCCAGUGGAUGGUAAACCCGCUGUGGACGGCUCCCUCACAGCCAUAGUGGCCAGUGACGAGGAGCUGAGGGGUAGUUAUAACUGGGACUACCUGCUGGACUGGUGCCCACAGUUCCAGCCAUUAGCAAGCGUCUUCACGGAGAUAGCGAGGUUAAAGGAUGAGACGGCCCCUCCUAACCCUCGCAGACCGCUCCAGCACAAAGCCAAGGUGGACCCCAAACCCCCUCGCAUUGAUCCCCCGCCCCUAAUCACCUCCAUAGCCCACCCCGGGGCGAAGACAGUCCCGGUCAAGCCUGCCCCUGUUAAGCCCUCUGUAGGGAGGUCCUCCUUCCCCCAUCUGGCCUCCCUACGGAGGUCCCCCAUCAGUCACGAGGGCUCCCCCUCCUCAGUAGCCAUGUCCCCCAGCUUCUCCCCCUCCCUGUCCCCCCUGGCCGCCCGCUCCCCGGCCAUCACACCUUUCGGCGUCACCCAGGGCCCCUCAGCCUCCAUGAUCAGCACCACUGAACACAGCAUGGAGCACAGUGAAGAGGCUGAGAUGAGGAUAUAGACUAUAGACUCACAGAUGAGGAUAUAGACUCUAUUGACUAACAGAUGAGAAUAUAGACUCUGUAGACGGAGGAGGAAAUAGACUCUGUAGACGGAAAUGAAGAUAUAGACUCUAUUGACUAACAGAUGAGGAUAUAGAUUCUAUUGACUCACAGAUGAGGAUAUAGACUCUAUUGACUCACAGAUGAGGAUAUAGACUCUAUUGACUAACAGAUGAGGAUAUAGACUAUCGACUCACAGAUGAGGAUACAGACUGUAGACUGAGAUGAGGAUGUAGACUCUGAGGUACUAGAGAUUAGAAGACUGAUACUGAGUUAUUGUUCCUCAAAAGACAGAGGUGAUGUAUCAAUUGACACCCUAUUUAGGUUACAGGGUGGUACCCCUCCUAAUGUGUAAUGGUCACAGUAUCUGGUGUCAAUAGACUGUAUCGUACAGUGUACCUUCCAUUCUGGCCAGAACACAGAGUGUGGUUAAGUACUGUAGUUAAAUAAUGAAGUAACUCUCAAAUGGACUCUCAAAGGUGGUAGCUGCAUCAUAAACCAACGGGACUCUCAAACUGAACCAGAAUCAAAACUGAGGUGAAAAUGGAUGUUGCCUUUUCCUCUUCCCUCUAUCCAAUCAGUGUCAAGAGAACAAAACUACCCAGGAUUUGCACAUUCUAAUGGGGAGCCAUGAUGUCAAUAUUCUGUAGAAGAUAUUUUUAUACUGACUUUGGUUUCUGACUAGAAAUGGCACUAAUUCUGUGCCAGAAGGCUGUUAUAGCCUCAGAAUAUAUUUCCAUAUGUGUAUAUUUCUAGCUAUGUAACAGUAUGUGUGAACUCCAUGUUGGUUCUAUUUUAUGUACUUAACCAUUGUGUUCUUGGAACGAAAAAAAGCUCUAUAUUUCUAUUAGUGUGAUUGAUUGGGGGAUAUGCUGUCAUUUCUUGUAAAUAUUUAUUACGGAGGAGCGAAAAAAGAGCUUGCGUUGCUGGAAGAACAUGAUACCAGUAUCAAUACAGUGUUUGGUCAAGAAGCUUUCAAAAAUAAUCUGCUGAAGUGUUGGAUCCCUCUCAUACUAAUUCAGUGUGCCAUAUGUGUGUCUCCCAAAUGGCACCUAUUGCCUAUAUAGUGCAUUACCUGGUCAAAAGUAGUGCACUAUAAAGGGAAUAGGGUUCCAUUCGGGAUGUAAACACAGUCUUUUGAGUCUUGUUUGAAAGGAUCAGUCAUGCAUGUUCUCCUGUCCUUUGUUUCUUCCUCCAGUCUAGUUUAGGUGAACUUGACACAGAUUGAUCGUGUCCUUUUUUUCAGCUGUCUUUGCUGUGAUUUUAAUCACGAUGAGCCGUACAGGUCUACUUGGUAUUCUAGUGGCAUAGUAGACCCAGACAAGGGCAGAACCACUCAGACACAGACAGGGGAGGUCAGAAACAUCACAGAGACCAGCUGCAAUAUAACUACAACGUUGCCAGCAGUAGAACAAAGGAAAAUAAAACAAAUGUCAUGUAUGUCAGCAGACAGGUCCAGUUGUUAUUGUAGUGGCAGUCUUACAUCCAGACAGACAGGUCCAGUUGUUAUUGUAGUGGCAGUCUUACAUCCAGACAGACAGGUCCAGUUGUUAUUGUCGUGGCAGUCGAACCGUCCAGACAGACAGGUCUAGUUGUUAUUGUAGUGGCAGUCUUACCAUCCAGACAGACAGGUCUAGUUGUUAUUGUAGUGGCAGUCUUACCAUCCAGACAGACAGGUCUAGUUGUUAUUGUAGUGGCAGUCUUACCAUCCAGACAGACAGGUCUAGUUGUUAUUGUAGUGGCAGUCUUACCAUCCAGACAGACAGGUCUAGUUGUUAUUGUAGUGGCAGUCUUACCAUCCAGACAGACAGGUCUAGUUGUUAUUGUAGUGGCAGUCUUACCAUCCAGACAGACAGGUCUAGUUGUUAUUGUAGUGGUAGUCGAACCAUCCAGACAGACAGAAGACAAAACAGCUGACAUGAGGUUUGAGUAGGGGUUGUGUGUGACCUGUGAGGUUUGAAUUCUCCCCAGGAUUUUUUUAACAAGGUGGUGCUGCUGAGUACGGUGGGGUAAACCAAUUUAUUUUAUUUAUAUAUAUAUAUAUAUAUAUAUAGUGACACAGCCAGUACACAUUGUGGCGCAGCGCCCCGCUUACAUUCUUUGUGGACAACCCUGAGGUUUGAGUAGGGGUUGUGUGUGUACCUCUUGAGGUUUGAGUAGGGGUUGUGUGUACCUCUUGAGGUUUGAGUAGGGGUUGUGUGUAUACCUCUUGAGGUUUGAGUAGGGGUUGUGUGUGUACCUAAUGAGGUUUGAGUAGGGGUUGUGUGUGUACCUCUUGAGGUUUGAGUAGGGGUUGUGUGUGUACCUCUUGAGGUUUGAGUAGGGGUUGUGUGUGUACCUCUUGAGGUUUGAGUAGGGGUUGUGUGUGUACCUCUUGAGGUUUGAGUAGGGGUUGUGUGUAUACCUCUUGAGGUUUGAGUAGGGGUUGUGUGUGUACCUCUUGAGGUUUGAGUAGGGGUUGUGUGUACCUCUUGAGGUUUGAGUAGGGGUUGUGUGUGUAACGCUUGAGGUUUGAGUAGGGGUUGUGUGUGUACCUCUUGAGGUUUGAGUAGGGGUUGUGUGUGUACCUCUUGAGGUUUGAGUAGGGGUUGUGUGUACCUCUUGAGGUUUGAGUAGGGGUUGUGUGUGUAACGCUUGAGGUUUGAGUAGGGGUUGUGUGUGUACCUCUUGAGGUUUGAGUAGGGGUUGUGUGUAUACCUCUUGAGGUUUGAGUAGGGGUUGUGUGUGUACCUCUUGAGGUUUGAGUAGGGGUUGUGUGUGUACCUCUUUAGGUUUGAGUAGGGGUUGUAUGUGUACCUCUUGAGGUUUGAGUAGGGGUUGUCUGUGUACCUCUUGAGGUUUGAGUAGGGGUUGUGUGUGUCCGUCUGACAGACUGUAGCUCACUAAGUUCAUCUUAGUAUCGAUGGGAUUCUCUCCAGCAUUCUGAACCAGGAGGAGCUCGUUGCAACAGAUAUUUUCAUAAUUUCUUUGCAGGGGACAUUGUGUUGCACAUAGCCAGAUUAAUCUCUGAAAUACUGCUUUUCAAAUCACAUGCAGGACUGAGACCAGAGCACUAACUAAAAUGCUGGCGUUGCUUUUUAGUUUUCUCUUAGUUCCUUCUCUGAGCUACAGUAUUUUAAAUUAUCAGUAUUGUUAAUUUACAGUAUUAUUAGUUUUCACUAAUAGUUAGGUGUAACUGGCUAAUAACUAGUGUCUGACGAUGCACCAUUUCUUGGUACCAUAACAUAACACCAAUUUCCCUAUAUAGUGCACUACUUUUGACCAGGGCCCUAUGGGGGUCUUUUUCUCCGCAAAAGGAGUGCACUUCCCUAUACAUUAGUUCACUAAAUAAGGAAUAGGGUGCCAUUUAGGACGCAACCCAUGUAGACCUGUGUGACAUUUUCCUUCAUUUGUCACAUUGGAGCUUCUUCUAGCCUGACAGUUUGUGAGCCUUCAUGCCAUUUUGAAUUGUGAACAUGUUAGUUGAAGAAACGUUACCUUUAUUGGCUCUGAGAAACUACAGUAAUACCUUGAGACACAGACGCUAUAUUCCAAAUAGCACUUUAUUCCCUAUAGUGUGCUAUAAAAGUAGUGCACCAUGUAGAGAAUCGGGUGCCAUUUGGGACGCACUCACUCCAACUUAGAAACCUUUAAAAGUGUUUGUUAAGCCAUGUUAAAUUGCCCCUAAAACACAAGGCUAUAUAUGUCUGAAAUUAAGAAGCUGGGAUAUCAUGUUGUUUUGAGCUUUUACUUUGUCCAUUCACCAGUUUCUACAGUUUGUUAUUUAUACAAUUUUACAUCCUCUUUCUUACCGAAUGUAGCCCAUAGUAUACAUGUUCCCCCGAAUGUCUACGCAUAUCAUAUAUCUUCCCUGAUGUGCCAGAUGUUUUUUUCUUCUUGUCAAAGUGCCUGAUUAAAGUACUUAUGUGAAUACAA